UCAACCCGUCCUGCGCGCGCGCUAAGAGGAUCAACCUUAGUCUGAUGAUCUCCGGGCUGGUCGAUGAGCACCCCUUCUUGGUCCUCACUGCAAUCAUCGUCAUCACUGUCUGCGUCGUCUAUCCGCUAGCGCUGCGCUUGGCUGUCGAGCGAAUCGAAGCCGACGAGGCUGCCCAGCAACGAGCCCGGAUGACGCAACAAAUCGAGAGCAGGGGCACCAAGGACAAAGAGCAAUGAAUGGCGCCGUCAAUGGACGCUCACAAAAGCCAUCGCUGAGAAGACUAUCGAUCAAGCGGCUCGAGGAUGACUUUGCCAUUGUACCCAGGACCGCCACGGCACAGAUCUUCUGGCCUAGAGGCUUGAUCUGUCCGCAAGACGGUACCCUCUUUGGAUGGUGUGUGGGUGGUGGACCCAGUGAGGUUGUCGUCGUUGUUGCCGGCGCUGCAAGCAAGUCAUCAUGCGAUCGCGCCCGCCUCUCGCCGCUGUCGACAGCUCUACUUCCAGAAGCUUCGACCGACACGGAGCCUUGCAUCGUUGGAGACGCUGAAGAAGAAAGCAGCGGGAUAGACCGUCAUAAGGCAACGCUUUGGUUCGAUGUGGAAGGAGGAGCGAGCAUUCGUAGCAUUCGUAUACCCGGCUCUAUCGCGAGUCAAACACCACAGUGUACCAUCAAUGUCUUCCAUUACUCAAUACCGGAGCCGGAAUCGCUCCAAUUCCUCUCGCUCGAAGCGAUCCUGCUCCCAAGGGCAUCAACGUUCGAAGGUCUGGAGAGGGAGUCUGGUCCAAAACGCACAGAGCUGCAUCGUAGACUCGAGACGCUUCUUCAAGGCGAUCCAGCAAGAACGUACGAGCUCACAAGGUCACAACGAUGCUCCGGACCUGGUGCAGGAUUCAGACGCGCAAUUCUCUUAAUCAACAGAGUCAAGUACUUGAAAGAGAAGGUGUCCGGAAAGUACAAGAGAAGAGAUUCGUCAUCCAUUUCGAAGCUCGACGGAGGAGGAUACCUCACACCCAUCGUCGCUUUCUUGCGCUCCUUACUCGAUGUGUCUGCAGGCGAAGUCGCUUUGCGAGAUCUUUCGAGUGCAGCCCGCCAAGUGCACCUUCGACUAGGACAAGCGAUUCUGUGGCCGGCCCUCGCCCGUCGAAUUCGCAUACAGCGUCGGUCUGAACAGCUGCCAGUGUCCGCUCUAAGCCCUCGGUACAUUGGCUUGUGGAAUGGGGUCUGGCUCGUCGCCAACGACAUGAUCCUUGGUCAGGCCAUGGGUGGCUGGCUGUGUGAGAACGAUGCUGUUCUCGGUCGCCAUGUCGCUCGUUUUCUGCGACAGGUGACCGUUGCUCUGCUGCAGGAAACGCUCGAUUGGCUUGGACAUUGGCCGGCCGGCUUGAAGCUCAACACCGAGCUCGCCUCCUUCUUUGGCGAUGUCUACUCUGGCUUGACCAGCGUAUGGGGGUCAAACAUCGUGGCCCAUCUCGAGGCAUCCGACGGAGCACUCCUGGCUCAUGUCAUCUUCCUCAUCGGAACUUCUGGCCGGUUUCUGGGCCUCACAGCCCUCCUCUCGCUGGCUUCCGACGUCGUGGCGGCUUUAACCGCUCACAUAUCGCUCUUCUACCUCAUCUCGCGAUCUAUCUAUGCCUUCUUCAACUCAACGAUCGCUGCGCUUUUCUACUUGUUCCGAGGAAAGAAGCGCAACCCGUUGCGACGAGGCCGGACCGAUGAGGCAACGCACGAUCUCGACCAGCUGCUCCUUGGCACGCUGUCUUUCACCCUGCUCGCUUUCCUGUGGCCGACGGUGGCAGUCUAUUAUCUCUGCUUCAGCCUCGCGAGACUUUCCAUCGUCGCAACUGAAAUCCUGCUUGAGACAGCCUUGGCGCUGCUCAACCACCUGCCGCUCUUUGCGCUCAUGCUGCGCGUCAAGGAUGGAAAGCGUUUGCCCGGUGGCGUACGAAUUCGUAUCCGAUGGCCGCAGCACUAUGGUCAGGAUCAACAGCAACAUAAACAACAACAACAGCAGCACUUCGACAUGGACAAUGUUCCGUUAGAUCUGCCCAGCAUCUUUCGAGGUUACGGCGAUCACCUCCAGGGAUUACGCGCGCUUCCCCGUCUCUGCUUGGCUGUCUUGACCGGCAAGUUCAUUGCUUGCCCUCCUCACCCAUAGAGACAUCGUCAAAAGAACAUUUUUUGUACUGCCUUGGAAUUGUUGAUUCGAUCAUUUGUAAGACAAACAGGUACAGCAUUGUGUCGGAUAAGAUUACAGAGGGCAGGGCUGGCGUCCUCGUAUUCGGCGACGAAGAACUUUUUCCGUUCCUUGAUCAGAAAGCUGUGGACAGAA